CAUGGUGAUGCAGUGAGCCAAGGACCCACAUGCGAUGAUAGGAGGGAGAAAGUGAACGGGAGGGCAAAGGUUUGAAACUAGUUGCGAUGUGCCUGUUAUAGUGGAGCGAUCGCGGUUAACGAUGAGUCAACCCCGCUGCUCGUAUUAAAACGCCGAUGCUUUGAACGCGAUUUCGUUGCGCAAAGGAGGGCAAGAAUGAAGCCAAGCGCCCUGUUCUCCGUUCGCCUGACUGGGAAAUGGUAGCGUAUGAACCGCACUGGAAGGAACAUGGUUGAGAGGAGCAGCAAAUUUCUGUUGAUCGUUGUGGGAUCCGUGUGUUUUAUGCUGAUACUGUAUCAGUACGUGGCCCCGGGAGUGAUUAAUUUCGGCUCUCCGCACGGUUAUUUCACCGAAGAAGACGAGGGGGACAUCUUCCCUACUCCGGACCCCCACUACGUGAAGAAAUACUAUUUCCCCGUCAGGGACUUGGAGCGAACGAUUGAUUUCCAAAUCAAAGGGGAGGACGUGAUUGUAUUUUUGCACAUUCAGAAAACGGGGGGGACUACCUUCGGGAGACACCUGGUCCAGAAUGUUCGCUUGGAAGUUCCCUGCGACUGUAGACCAGGCCAGAAGAAAUGUACCUGCUACCGACCCAACCGCAAGGAGACAUGGCUCUUCUCCCGGUUCUCCACGGGCUGGAGUUGCGGCUUACACGCGGAUUGGACCGAGCUUACGAACUGUGUGCCGGGGGUCCUCAACAAGAAGGAGAACAAGUUGAAAAAUCAAAGGAAAUUCUAUUACAUUACUCUGCUGAGGGACCCUGUCUCUCGCUACCUCAGCGAGUGGAGGCACGUCCAGCGGGGAGCCACAUGGAAGACCUCUUUGCACAUGUGUGAUGGACGAACCCCCACACCCGAGGAGCUGCCCUCCUGCUAUGAGGGUUCUGAUUGGUCAGGUUGCACCCUGCAGCAAUUCAUGGACUGUCCUUACAACCUGGCCAACAACAGACAGGUGCGUAUGUUAGCAGACCUCAGUCUGGUGGGCUGCUACAACAUGUCCACGGUUCCUGAGAAGAAGCGGGCCCAACUGUUGCUGGACUCGGCCAAGAAGAACCUGCGAGACAUGGCUUUCUUUGGACUGACGGAGUACCAGAGGAAAACCCAGUUCCUGUUCGAACGAACCUUCAGGCUGCGCUUCAUACGGCCCUUCAUGCAGUACAACAGCACCCGCGCUGCCGGCGUGGACUUGGACAACGCUACGAUCCAGCGUAUAGAGGAGCUGAACGAACUGGACAUGGAGCUGUACGACUACGCCAGGGACCUGUUCCAGCAGCGCUACCAGUUCACCAGACAGCAGGAGAGACGGCAGCAACGCAUCAAAAACCAUCUGCAGCAGAACCACCAGGGCCUCGGCCUGGGCGUCAGCCUCUGGCCGUCCCAUAGCAGGCAGGGCUCCUCUUCGGCGAUGGAGGAUGGAGAGGCGGCGGGGGAUAGGGAGAGAGACGAGCGGGAGGAGGCCGAGGAGGGAGGGAGAACAGAGGAGGUGAGCAACCGGCUUCCCACCGAGGACUACAUGAACCAGAUCAUCAACCGCUGGUAGCAGGAGAAUGAGGGCAAAGGCAACGUACGGAAAAACCACGCGAAGGGAGCCGCAGAGACGCAUACACAUGCAUUAUCAUACACACAUGCAUACACACACAUGCAUACAUACACACACACAUGCACGCAUGCACACAGGGUUGGGCGGGCAUCAAAGUCCUAUCUUCUCUGACAAACCUACAGGCAUUACAGGAGGGUUGGCGUCGGGGGCGGGGGGUGAGUUCAUGUGGUUGCUAUGGAGACCUGGGGUUUCGGCGAUCUGCAUAUAUCAGCUCAUGUUUUCCGGGUUUGACACUAGCUAUCGCUGUCCCUCCCCUCUCUCAUACCCCGUCCAUCCAUUAUCAUUACUGAAUAUUUAAAGGGGAGGUAUUUUUUAAGAGACUCACUAAUGUCGCCCAUCUCUCCCUCUGUUUCUCCCCCCCCCCCCUCCCGUAUUUCUCUCUCGUUCUCUUUUGCUUGAUGUGGAGCAUGAGAAGACAAAGUCUGUGAAUUCCCACAAAUCCUUGCAAAGGACCAAUGGACUUAGUGGAUUGUACUGAUCUGACUGCAAAGGAAUAAGGAACACUUAAAAAGUAUCCUAUUGGCGGGGUUGAAUAAUGGAGAUGUGGUGCUGCAGGAAAGACUGUACCUGAAAGAAAGAAUUAGAGUCAGACGAAGUUGUAUCAAGACAAAAAAAAAAAACUUUUUGCUUAGAAAAAAAAUCUGCCUCCAUUUCAACCAUGAAUACAUUUCUGUCAUGAAUAGUGACGGUCUCGUUCUUAUUUUAGGGUGAUUGAAUUUGUUUUUAUUUUUAUUUUAUGCUUUUUUAAAAGCAGAAUUGUAAUAACACUGAGACCAAUAUUGCUGCCUAAAGAAAAGUGAUUCCUUUAUUUCUUUAUUUUUAUUUGUUUUACAAAUCUAAGCUAAUGGGUUGGAUGGACAUACAAUGGACCAUAGCCAUUACUGAAGCCUUGCAUAUUGGGGUUAGGCGGGAGGUUGUAUGUUUGUGUGCGUGUUUGUGUGUGUCUGAGAGAGGCGAGGUUGACCUCUUUGCCUGUCAGAGGCUCCCAUUGUGCCUGUCGCUUAACUAGUUUAUUAAAUGACUGCCAAUUAUAGAGCCGAAUUGCGUCGGGGUGUAAAGAAGUCAACGCCGGGUGAAGGGCGAGUCCACUCUAGCCUGGUGCCAAGUAAGCGGCGGAUGCUUUGGAAGCCUUAACCCAGGCAAAUGCUCCGAGAUGGGAGUUGCUGGAACUGCCGGUCACCAUGGCAAUGUGUCUUCUAUGGGAGGUUGCCUCGAAUUUGCGGUUUCACCUUCACUGACCGAGAACGGCAGUGAAAGGCAACGAUCUGAGCCAGCCCUGCCAACCUCCUCAGAGAGCACACAGUGCCGGUGACCUGCAGGUACGGCGUGUACGUGAGAGAGAGUUGAUGGUUGGUUUUACCCUAAGCAAUGGACGGAGGCGAGGUAGUAGUGCCUCUAGUUACUGGGAUCAUGUUGUAACUCCAUGGACAUUGUACCUAUUACCAGAUAAUAUGUCUGUAUUAUGCUACAGUAAUUUCUCUGACUACUUGUGUGUGUGUGUGUGUGUGUGUGUGUGUGUGUGUGUGUGUGUGUGUGUGUGUGUGUGUGUGUGUGUGUGUGUGUGUUUUGAAUGUGGGCAUGCAUGUGUGUGUGUGUUUAUUUGUUUUGAAUGUGUGUGUGUGUGUUUGUUUUGAAUGUGGGCAUGCAUGUGUGUGUGUUUAUUUGUUUUGAAUGUGUGUGUGUGUGCGCUUUCUGAACGUAUGAUUCCUUGCAUGAAUGUAUGUUUGUGUGUACCUAUGUGUGUUUGUUUUUGUGUGUGCAUGUCUGUUUUUGUGCACAUAUGUGAGUCUGAAAUGUGUGUGUGUGCGUGUGUGUGUAAAUAGUUUGUACAGUAUGCCUUUGAUUGGCAUAUAUGUAUGCCUUUGUAAAUAGUGUGCGUGUGUGACUGAGAGAAUGUCUAACGUGUUUUCGAGUGAGUGACUGGUUUCAUGACCAAUAUCUUGCCAGUUUUUGGGGGAGGGGAUGGUUCAAGUUGAGAGUCAGGAAGUCCCUCCCAUAGCCUGCCACAGCAGAGUGACCAUCCCAUAUUCUCUUGUCCUCUCCCUUUUCACCCCCCCCCCUGUUUUGCUCUCCUUGUCUCUUCUAAAUGCCUUGAGGGUUGCGCUGAAUUCAUCACCAUCUCCAUCUCCUAAAUAAUCUAAAACCUCUCCUUGUGACUCGUCUACAUGCUCAAUGGCAAACCGUGCAAGCAACGAAAGACAAGAGUCUUGAGCAAAACAUAUGAGGAAUGAUCUGCAAAGGAGUUGAGGGAGAGCAUACGUAGGAACCCGGCAUGAGUUAUCACAGCUCCACGGAAAAACAAGUCAAACGCAGUCCAAGUGUGAUGCCAUCCAGAGCUCAUUUCAAAAGUGAAUACAGGCCAGCGGCUUCCUUGUUAUUAACAUAGUGCAAAAAAAAAAAACUGCUGCAUCACCUUGCUAACAAUAGACCUCAGUAAGAUUUGAGAGGAAAUCAGCAGUUUAGCUGCCCAAUAUCUGCUUUUGCAAAAUUUCAGCAAAUCACCGCCAGCUCUCCCCAUGUUGCUUUUUUAUGAUUAGCUCCUUUCCGGUUCAGGGAUGAUUCAUGAGGCAAAGGAAAGAGAGGGAAGAGGAAUAGCACAAAGGUAUUGGGAUUCAUCCAGAGUCAAUAAGGUGCUUUUUCUGUAGCCUUGAAAGUGGUCCAGUAAAGACAGAGAAAAUUGAUAUGGAACGAGAGAUCUUUUUUUCACAGUAACUGCCCUUUCAUUAUAUUCUUGAGGCGAGACUGGAGACGUGAAACUUUAGGGACUUGAGACUUUUACACCACAGUCUACUUUUCCAGAGUCAGACUUACUUAUAUUAGACUGUAUUUAGGUUUCAAACGACAUCUGUUUCUGUAUCAGUGGUUUAAAGCCCGAUCCAGAACCGCAGAGCAGCAUCUUUGCCUCACUCUUGGAAUUGUUAUUGUUGAAAACGACUAUUUUCUGCCAAAACUCUGCAUACACGUGAUGCUGUGAAGCUGCACAUCUGUGCCGCAUGAGCUGCAACCGGUGGCGUGUAACUGGCCGGUCGCUGACCGCAUUAAUUUACAUGGUAAACUUUUCAAGUUUGACUCGAAGCUGUUACAGACCUGGUCGUUAAGGUCAUCAAUUCGCUUAUUACUCCGAAAACUAAAAAACUAAAAAAAAAGAUCUUUUCAUUGAAAAUGAUUCCAGAGAAAGGACCGGGUUUUCAGACACUGUAUGUCUCAGUACUAUGUAUAUCUGAUGUCUUAAAGAAUUUCCUUUGUGAAAAAUGAACCAGCCAUGGCAUUGCUCACUUAAUCAAGAGAAUGUUUGUUAAGAGUGUUUGACUUGUUUUUUGGAGUGGUGUGCAGACCGUCUCUGGCUCCCUCUGUAUGCAUCAUUCAGAUUUUGUUUCUUAUGAUUGCAAGAAUGAAUCAUUAAGCCACCAAUUAAAGAUAUUUCA